UUUUGAAUAUGAGAAGCAUGUUUGCAAUAUUCAUGUCUUAGAACGGCAAAAUUGUUGUUUUUCGUCCUUCACUCUGCUUUAAACUAGACGAAGCACGUAACCAGUUUUCUAGCACGUUCUAUUGCAUCUAGAAAAGACUUCCUCAGCUAACUUCUAGGACAUAUCAAAAAGCUUUUGUGUAUUUACACAAGAACUUCUUUGAUUCCUUCAAAAUUUCGAAUUAUUCAUAUUUUAUUAGGUUCCCUGUAUAAAUGACCCCGCAGAAAAGUGCAACAUUUGAAGUGAAGUCAGACUUGGUUGUUCUCAGGGUAUGGUGUCAACGAUGGAUGAAGCUGUCCCUGCACCAGCACCAGCUUCUGAAGAGUCACCAGAGAAGGACAAAGAUGAUCAAAUACAGAUGCUAAAGGCUGAGAAUCGGUUAGCAGCCUUAGAAGACUCAAACUUGGCUGAGUCUGAAGAUUCAAAUGGCGUCGAUGACAAGGAAAACGGCGAUUCCAUAUGUUCUUCGAACGUUCACGCUCCAACGACAUCUGAGGAUGUUAGUGCCUCGGCAACCCCAAAUGGCAGUCCGAGGCCUCAUGAAGUAGAAUGCAUAGAUCUGGAUGAUGAGACCAAUGAACCUCCUGCUAAAAAAGCAAAGACUACCAGUGAUUCUAAUGACUCCGACGUUGCUGUUAUCAACGGGAAAGACGAGAAGUCACCGACGAAGAGUGAAAAUUCGAAGGAGCAAGAGGCGGAGCUUACUAGUCCCGGAGCACUGUUGAACAAAUUGGAGGAAUAUGUUGCAGAUGCUAUUGAUAAUAGGAAGAACAUCGACAGAAAAGUUCUUGAUGCGUUAUUAGGAGCUAUAAAUGUACAAGUGCAAAAGGAGCCGUUAAGUGUGCGAAAGCUCAUCCUCGACAAACAGCUUGUACUGCCCAACACUAUAUCAUUCCCACCAAGUCUGACUGUAGAUAUGCUCAUAGAACAUGAUCCGGACCAUCCGCUCUCCAAGGUUAUCACGCGGAUGUUCGGUGAGGAACGACCGAAGCUAAAUGAAGCGGAAAAGAAGGAGCGACAAAAUCUGAAGCUUCAUAAUAACGUUCCUCAUAUGACGAAGCUGCUCCUCGACAUCGGUCAAGAUCUAGUCCAAGAAUCAACUUAUUGCGACAUCGUUCACGCUCGAAAUCUUCCAGAAACACCGAAAAACAUAGAGACAUAUAAACAGGUUGCAGCACAAUUGAAACCAGUUUGGGAAGCCUUACGGAAGCGGAAUGAACCUUACAAGCUCAAAAUGCUAAGCUGCCAAGUCUGCGGUUUCAAAACUGAAUCGCGGAUGAUCUUACAACACCAUCGUUCUACCGUACAUUUUCGACAUGGCAAAUAUCAGUGUGCUAUGUGCCCGGAGUUCGAUACCAACGAGCAGCGUCUUAUCAAUCACUAUCUUGAAUCUCAUAACGUUGUGGCAAUAAAAGAUGAUCCACAAGCAAAAUACCCGUGUUUGAUAUGCGACGAAGACUUUCAAUAUAAAGGUUUACGAGACACGCAUCUGCGUACUUGUAAGAAGGAUUACAGCCGUGUUCGAAACAUCAUGGGGCCGAAGGGUCCUGAAGAUCAGCUUAUGAUCAAUCGAUGGUUAUGGGACCGCCCUCCUAUCGAUCCGACCAUUCUGCAACAGCAACAAGCCGCUCAAGCUCAACAGAAGCGAAAUCAACUCGCUCAAGCUCAACAAGCAGUCGCACAGGCGGCUCUGAGGCGGACAGCGGCUGUACGAGAUGCACAACAAAGUGCGCUGCAGCAACAGCUUCUCCAACAGCAGCAGCGUAUGCGGCAGGCGGCUGCAAUGAUGCAGCAGCGUAACAUGCUGGGACAGAAUAGUAACAGCCUCAUUGCCGCAAUGCAGCAACAUAUACAACGAGCCAGUCAACAGCGUGGAUCAACGGCAGCAGCGACUGUUGGCUCCAUAGCCGCCGCUACAGCUUUAUAUCAGAAAAAUCUUGCUGCUAGUCGCAAUGCAUUGCUCGCAAAUGCUUCCGCUUUGCGGAAAGCACCAACGAUCUUUCAGAUGAAUGCCGCCAUGCAGAAGGCUUUUGCCAUGGCCAACGGCGGCCUCUCGACAGCUGCUUCAUCAGGCUCACCCAGUCCAGCACCGUCCCAUGCUCUUGGCAACAAUACAAACGCUGGCAAUGGACCUGGGAUAUGCGAGAUCUGCGACCAGAAUAUGGCAGAUAGGGAACGAUAUUUCCAGCAUUUGCAGUUAAUCCAUAAGCACCUUCGGGACAAGACCCUUGAUGAUGUCAAGCUUGGUGCCCCGCUCGCUUGCAGCAGGUGCCGCGAAAGAUUCUGGACCUAUGAAGGUCUUGAACGUCAUCUGGUUAUGGCUCACGGCCUCGUUACAGCGGAUUUGCUGGCAAAAGCUCAGAACAAGCUGGAUGGCGGCAGAUGCAAGCUUUGCGCAAAGCAAUACGCCUUCAACAUGCUGCAACACUUGGUCGCUGAUCAUCACAUUAAGCUGUGCUCCGCAGAAAUCAUGUAUUCGUGUGAUGUGUGCUCAUUCAAAUGCAGCAGUUAUACGACGUUGGAGACCCAUCUGAACGCGAAUCAUCCUAAGGGCAUGACUGACAAGAAUGCUGUGCAUCCUCCUGCUGCUGAAACCUCUGCCUCAAAUGGUACUUCAAAGAGUAAGGACGCGACGAAGUCGGGAGAAGAUGAUUGCAUCACUUUGGAGUAGAAGUCCAUGUCCACUUGGAUUCACCUGGCUCCCGCAGUCUACCUUGUCUGGAUUCGUUGAUCCGGUAGUUUUCGUGCUCCAUUCUCCUACUCGCUAUGGCCAUUGCACCUACCAUGUUGUACCUUCGAGUCUGAACUCCGCUGCUGAUGAUAGCCGAAUGGGUGCCUAAUAAUCCUUUUCAAUGUUUGUUUAUUAUUCAUUCAUACGAGGUGGUUGUGUGUAAGAGUUUGCAAGCUUCUCAAGGGCUUUUCCGCGUACUGCAAUCGAACAAAUAAGCGGUGAUACGGUGUCGUACAUAGUAUAAUUUUGUUUUAAAUUUUACAUAUUCUGUUUUCCACCAUCAUUCGUUUUUACUAUGAAUCUGUAAAGGUUUGAUUUAUGUAUUGAGAUUGAUUCCAAUUUUUUGUUAUUCAGAUCAACAUCUCUCGUAAAAUUCGGAUUGUAUUCUUCAUCUUUGUCUAGGUCAUCAUUCAUUGUCCCCCCUCCCCCCUUCCAAUUUCUGCUGCACUGCACGUUCGCAGCUACACUUAAAGCCAAUAAUGUUUUGUUAGAUGUGAAUUGAGUCGCAUGUUGGGCGACCGACUCUUGAAAUGGUUGCUCGAACCGUGUGGUUUUUUCUUCUCUUGUAAAAUUAUUUAUUUACUAAGUAAAUCGUGACGUCGUUUUAUUCUUUUGUUAUUGAUGUGACUGCAAGCUUUCGAUGAGUGUC